AUGAAAGGUAUCGAGUUGAAACCACUUGUCAAGUCAGACCACCAAAUUCUAGAAGAUCACUCCAACGAGUCGUGGACUCCCGAAUAUCUCUACUCCCAGGAAUUCGAUGCUCUCUUCCAGCAACUAUUCAAUCAAUAUCUACACGGAGAAUUCAGAAGACUAGAGGACACUUCUGAUUUCGAGGCGUUCCGUCGAAUGUUUCGAGAGUUGAAACAGAAAAGAAACGAGUUGGAAGACAGGUUCUUUCCGGAACGAAUAGAUCAGAGAGCCGAGGAAAGAGCAAGAAUUACAGAGGAGGAAGAGAUGGAAGGAUGCAGAGAAUGUUAUGAAAAGUUGAGGGAGUUGUCAAGAAAGAAGAGGAAUAGUGGAGGGGGAGAUGAUGGAUUCAGUUGGAAGAAUCUGUUCUUCGGAUGCUUCAGAAGAGUUCAGAAGGUGGAUGAGAUGAAGAGAAAAGCCGAACUUUUUAAAUAUUGA